GCCCUGCCCCUCGCCUGGAGGAGAGAGCUAUAAAUCCCUUCCCAGCCUGGCUGGCUGCUGCUGCUGCGUCCUGGGCGCACAAGAAGAGGCUGCUUGAUUUGGGGAGAGGUUCCCUCCAGAGAGGCUCUUGGCCCUCCUCCAGACUCACAAUGCCAAAUUGGGGAGGUGGAAACAAGUGUGGAGCCUGUGGCAAAACAGUGUACCAUGCAGAAGAGGUUCAGUGUGAUGGGAGAAGCUUCCACAGAUGCUGCUUUCUUUGUAUGGUCUGCCGGAAGAACCUAGACAGCACAACAGUAGCCAUCCAUGAUGAAGAAGUAUACUGCAAAUCAUGCUAUGGAAAGAAGUAUGGUCCCAAAGGAUAUGGCUAUGGCCAAGGAGCAGGCACGCUCAAUAUGGACAGAGGGGAAAGACUGGGCAUCAAACAUGACAACACACCAUCCCAUCGGCCAACAACAAGUCCAAAUACUUCAAAAUUUGCCCAAAAAUUUGGUGGAGCAGAGAAGUGUUCCAGAUGUGGUGAUUCUGUCUAUGCAGCUGAGAAAGUAAUAGGAGCUGGAAAGCCAUGGCACAAAAACUGUUUUCGAUGUGCUAAAUGUGGGAAAAGCCUUGAAUCAACAACUUUGACAGAGAAGGAAGGUGAAAUUUAUUGCAAAGGUUGUUAUGCAAAGAACUUUGGCCCCAAAGGAUUUGGCUACGGGCAAGGGGCUGGUGCUCUUGUUCAUGCUCAAUGAUUCUUCAUUCCCAUUACACCAAGAUGGUUCAUAGUUAGUCAAUACAAGUUAUUAAUUAGUAUGAAACUGAUACUAGUUUCGUAUGUUAUUGUUUUGUUUUAAAAUACUGCAUAUUUCCAAGCCCUACAGUACACUUUUACAUGCACUAUUAACUGAGUUAAAUGAAGCUUGUUAGAAAAUUAAUGUGUUUUGAAAGUUCUGGAGAUUCCCUCAGUUUCUACUGCCUGCAGAAAUGCAACUCUAUAUUGCUACCCCAGAGAAUUUGAAGUAUGAUGUGAAGAAUGUUUGUUGUCGAGAGCAAACGCUUGUUAAUCCAGUAUUGGAUUUUUGGGUAUUAUCAUUGUUGAUUUACAAUCUAAGUGUCUUUAAUAUGUUUCUAACAAUUAGUGUACAUCUUCAACAGUGGUAUCCUGCAGGGAUGUAACUUCAGUUGUGGAAAAAAGACAAUUGUAAGGAAUGAAUAGGUGUCUUCUUCACAUGAGUGUGUAUAGUAAAAGAUCUUUGCCUUAAGCAGUUAUAAUUUUAAACACACUUCUGAGGGAUAUUAUGAGAAAUGGUCCUAACACAAGAUUAAGAAUGCAAAUGGUAAUCCUAUUUAACUCUAGUUGACUUCUACCAGUGAGAAGAUGUCUCUAAGUAGUCUUAGAGCAACCUGUAUGUUCAGAAAUAUAAUGCUCCAGCUUCAUUGGAUGGUAGUACAGCCAAGUGGCCGGUGAAUGAUUCUUUGUGGGAAAAAUUCAUGAGCACAUUAGAGACAUCAAUGCUAACUUCCUCUCUUUGCCAGGGACCAUUAAAAGAGAAGAGUCUUUUAAGGCUCUACUGCAGUUAGGUGUAGUACAAACCCAGUAUUGAUUCAUAUAUAAUUCUCGUCUCUAAAUUUAAGAGUAGAACACUAACAUACCACAAGUACAUGUUCAGAUAAACAUUUAAUUGUUCAUGUUUUGUUUAUGAGUGGUCUCCAGUCACAUUUACAAGCAGUUUUGUCAGAUGCAAGAUACACUUACAUCAGACAAAUUGUACAAUUACUGUGUACAAAGUGACUUCCUGGCACAUUAAUGUUUAUAUAUGAAAUAAAUGGAUGCCACACUGUC